ACUUGCAACUAUGGAACCUCAGAUUGUUAGAACUUAUGUUACUUCAAGACCUGAUAAAGUUAUGGAGCUUUUCAUGAAAAAGUAUGAAGAGAAAGAGGUCAUUGAUCAUUACCACUCUAAAUAUCAUUACCCAGUCCAGUACUCUUUUUAUUGUGGUCAGAAAGAGAUGGAAGCUAUUCUUAAUCCUCUUUUGGACCAAUGACACCACGUUGUAAUGGAAGCUGUGAUGCUCUUGAAGCAAGCUAAUGCUACUUAUGAGCCAUAUGAGGAGCAUAUUGACCUGAUGACCGACUGCAUUGAUACUUUGGACUAUCAAUUAGUGCUAAUGGGCUAUAAUCUUAAUGAGAAAAUUCUAAAAAGCGAUGUUGUUCAGAAAAUUUUGAAUAAAAGAUUUGAUAGCAAGAGGAAUGAAGGAUUGAUUCAAGAAUGAAAUCCGAAUGAAGAGCUCAAGAGUGAGGAUAAGACUCAUGCUCUUUCAAGAGUUGUCCCCAUGAUUGAAAAGGCUUUAAAAACUUCUACAGGAUUUGAUGAGGACGAACUUCUAAAGACCUUCUUAACAAGAGAAAGGAAGGUGAACACUUCAGCUUUGAGCUUAGUCCUUAGAGCUUUUCAGAAAGCAUUGAAUAAUGUACAAAGUUGAAUUGAACUAAUUUAUCUGAGUGAUGGAGCUUCUGAAAGAAAGCGAUUCCUUCACAAAUGAAAUGAUUUGUUUAGAUUUACUGUUUUCAUUUUUGGAGCGGCUAAAGAAGACCCAAGUGAUAUUUUCUAUCAAUCUGAACCAAAUGAUGACAUUGAGCUACUCACCAGCAACAUGAAAUACAUUGAUUAUCAAGAUCAGGAAAAGGAUAUGAUGGAAUAUUUGGAUUUAAUGAAGAAAGCAGAGGAUCAAGUACACAGAGGAUAUGCUGUUGGGUCUCAUUGUCUUCCAGCAACGACAACCUUUGGCCAAAUAAGUUCGUAUAUUGGAUGGUCAGUGCUCUACUCUGCUCGUUCAAUUUUCCCUUGGGGGAUUCCAGAUCCAAUCGAAGACGGAAGGCUUUUUGAAGCCAUGUUGCCACUUGAUAUGCUGACCAAAGGUGUGUUAAUGAAACACGAAGACCUUGCGAAAGAUAAAGAGUCUAAAUUUGAAGGAGAUCUGGCUGUAAAUAAGCUUAUUUACGUUUCAAAGUGUAUCAGUGAUGAACUGUCUCUGGAAAAUUUAAAAGAGAAUAAAGUGCCUGAAAUGAUUCAGAAAGAUCUAGAACUUCCAUUCACAAUUGAUAAGGCUCAAUAUGAUCCAGAUUAUACAGUUAAAGUUAGAGUAAUCUCGAAGAAUGACUGGGGAAGAGUUGAUUGGACUACGGGAAAUUUGUUAAACCCAACAUCAGAGCCUUCUUAUGUUGAUAGAGUAAUCGUAAAUAUUCAUGGAGGCUCUUGGAUAGGAGGAAGCUCAGCAAAAGAUCUGUUUAUCACAUCUCAGAUAGCUCAAGAGACCAAUUACCCUAUCUUUUGUAUUGAUUAUAGACUUGCUCCAACUCAUAAGUUCCCAAAGGGAUUAAGCGAUUGAUUCCAAAUUUACCUCUGGGUUCAGAAUUAUGCAGAAAAAUAUUUGCAGCUUACUUUUGGUGAAAUAGUCCUUGAGGGAGAUUCAGCUGGAGGAAAUAUCGCUGUUGGAGUGGUUUCCCAGACGAUUCAAAGAGGCCUCAAGGUACCCAAAGGUAUCUGCCUUGAGUAUCCUUGAGCAGCAACUGAUGGGCAAUCAUUUAGUCCUUCUCUUCUAACUGGAAUAGAUGAUGUUAACCUAAACUAUUGGUAUUUACCAAUGGUGUUAGAGUUAUAUACAACAAAAGAAGAGCAAAGAAAUCCUAUAUCCUGAAUUAAAAACCUAGGUGACGAUAUUUUAAAAGAUUUUCCUCCUAUGAAGAUAAUAAUUGCAGAAGUUGAUGCUAUUAGAGACGAAGCUUUAAGAUUCUCACUGAAAUGCCUCAAAAAUGGAGUAAAUGUAGAAACCCAGAUAUUUAAACAUCAAUUUCAUGGCUUCAUUGGACAUGCAGAGUUGCCCGAAGAAAGAAAUAUGUCCCCAGUUGGUCUGAAGCAAAUAAUAGAGAAUGUUACUUCUAAAUUUUAG